AUGGAUUCAUCUUAUCAUGCAAGAGAAAGAAAAUUAGUUCCAAGAUUUCGUCGAAAAAAUCAAAAUAAAAAUUUCGUUGAUGCUGAUGAACGAGAAGCUCAAGCUUUAAUUGAAAAAGAUUUAGAAAGUCAUUUUAUAUGGACAAGUGAUGCUAAAGAUGAUUUUGAAUAUCAUUAUGAUGAUAAUCAAUUACAAGAAAGUAAUCAACAAAUUUCAAUUAAUGAUCAAAUAAAUCAAAAUUUUAUUUAUGAUGUUGAUAAUCAAAAUGAACAAUUAUGGAAAAAUAAUAUUGAACAAGAUGAUUAUCAACUUUUUAAAUGGAAUGAUGAACAACAACAACAUAAAAUAUCUUUUUCAAUUCACAAUAUUCAAGAUAAACAACAUCAAUGGGCUUUACAUGAUGAUAAUCAACAAUUUAUUCAAUUGAAUUUAAUUAAUCAACAUGAUCAACAAUCUAAACAUGAUUUAGAUACAAAUACGGAUAAUUCACAAAAACGUUUUAUCGAAGGAGAUGAAUUUCGAAAUAAUAUGAAAUUCGCUAUUGAAUCUGAAGAUGAAAAAUUCAAUAUAUUUGUAAAGGAUUCAGAAGAUAUAUUAUCAGUAGAAAUUGAUUCAAAUAUUCCUUCAAUAAAUUCAAUAUUAAGUCUUCCUCAAAAUCCAAUUACUUUUAAUUGGCUUGAAGGAAUAUCUGAAUAUAAUAUAUCAUUACCUGCUGAAAAAUUUUUACAAGAAUAUUCUCCUUUAACUGAAAUAAAAGUUGAAAUUGAUUCAAAAAGUUUAAAAUGUUUAACAUGGUCAUUAGAUUUAUUAAAAGAAAAUCUAAUUGUUUCUUAUUUAAUUAGUUUACCUGAUAAUUUUGAUAAACAAUAUUCUCUUCCUGAUAAAUUUCAUUUAAAAUUAUCAAUUGAUGAUGAAAAUUCUAAACAAUUAUUUUCUUUAAUUGAUUUAUCAUUUAAACAAACAUUAAGUAUAUCAUCAGAUGAUAUUAAACAACAAUUAUUAUCAAUAAUUGAUUCAUUUAAUAUAAAACAAAAUUUUGGAAAUGAUGAUCAAUUUCUAUUUUAUCAAUGGUCUUUACAAGAUUUAAAAAUAACUAUUUUAAAUCUUUCUCCUUUAGAAAUUAUUAAUUUAAUUUAUUCACCAAUCGAUGCUAAACAAAUUUUACUUGAACAUUUACUUAUUGAGAGCGAUGAAGUAAGUGCUCGAGCUUUUCGUCGAUAUCGUUGUAAACAUAUGUCAAUUAAAAAUGAUGAAAAACUUCAAUUAGAUUCUCUUGAAGGUUUAAAUUUACAAUUUAAAGGAAAUGAACAAAUUGCUAUUGGAGAAGAACAAAUACAAAAUGAUUUCAAUGAACAACAAAUAUAUCGAGAUCUAACAAAUUCGACGAUAUUAUUAGAAGAAGAACCUCCACAAUUAUAUGAUAUAAUAAAAAGCGAAAGUUCAUCAAAUAAUGUAGGUCCUUGUUUAUAUCGAUGUGAUUAUGAACGUCAACCACCCAAAACAUGGUCACGACUUCGUCGUGAAAUUGGUUAUAUGUCAUUUGAUGGUUCACUUGCUCAACCAAUUUAUCAUUUGGAUAAAUCAUUUAAACGUUUUGUACAUAUUCCAAUAAAACGUGAUAAAUGUUCAUAUAAUGUUUAUCAUGGUUAUUCAGAAUUUAUUGAAAAAGUUCAAUUGAAUCCUGAUAAUUAUUUUCGUCGAUUUGAUUCAACUGAUCUUCGUCCAUUACUUAAUUGGUAUUCAAAAAAACAACAUCUUUUUUCUUCAACAAAUCAACAUAUGUUAAAACCACCAACAUUUAUUUGUCGUCGAUUAGUUUUACGAACAAUUUUAGCUAAUCUUUAUUGUGAUUCUGAUCCAUGGAAAUUACUUGUUAUACGUAUUAAAGGACAAUUUUAUUUAGCAUUAGCUAAUAAAGAAACAAAAUCAGUUGAAGAUAUGACACAUGAUGAAUAUAGUGGUUAUAAAUUUCAAGCUUUGUUUACAACAGAUCAACCAAAUACAACAAGAUUUGAAGAAAAAACUCCAUUAGAAAACCCUCAACAACAAUAUCAUACAGUACAAUAUUGGCAAUUUGGAGAAUUUAAUUUACUUUAUUCAAAUGAAAUUGAUGGAGAAUUAAAAUGUGAUAUUCAACAAAAAACAUCAACUACAGAAACAACUCAUACCGUUAAACAAGAAGAUGAUGCAACACAAACAACAACAACAACAGCACCAACAGCAGAAGCAGUAUCAGCAGAAAAUACCGAAAAAUCCACCGAGAUAGACUGGUGGGAAGGUGGAAUACCUCUCGAAGUGAACUGGGGAGAAAGUGAAAUACCUGUCGCAAAGGACUGGUGGGCAGGUGGAAUACCUGUCGAAAUGGAAAUAUCAUCUGAACAAAAUGAAGAUAAAUUAAAAGAAAUGGAAAUAUCAUCUGAACAAAAUGAAGAUAAACUAAACGAAAUGGAAAUAUUAUCUGAACAAAAUGAAGAUAAAUUAAAAGAAAUGCAAAUAAAUGAAAAUCUUCAAUUAAUAAAAAGUGAUGAAAAUGAAAUAAUUGAAAAGAAAAAACGAAAUGAAAAUGAAAUAAAAGCUGGUUAUGUUGAAAUGAAAUGUACAAAUAAAAAAAUUUUUUAUCGAGAUGAAAAUAAAUUACAAACACUUUAUUGGUGGGCACAAAUGUGGUUAGCUAAUACAAAUACACUUAUGAUCGGUUAUAAAACAACACAUGAUGGAAUUAUUGAUCAUUUAGAUGUACUUUCAAUUGAUAAACUUAUUUCAAAAUUUCUUUCAAGAUAUGAUCUUCGCCUUAAAUAUUGUCUUUCUUAUCUUUAUUCAUUUCUUGAUUUAAUUCAAAAAACAGUUCAUAUUGAUGAUCCAAAUACAAUUCAUGCAUUUGCUUAUAUUCCUCAACCAUUAGAUAUUGAUCCUCUUACAGGAAAACCUUUACAAUAUGAUUUACCUAAAUGUGUUCCAUUUCGAUAUACACAAAUAAAAAGAUCAAAUCAAAGACAUGCAAAUUUUAUGCCUCUAUGGUAUCUUCAAGAUAUUCAACGAACUGCACCAGUUGGAGGAAUUUUACAAGAUAAACAACUUAAAACUGUCGAACAAGAAACGAAAAAACGUAUUGGACAUCGUGGAAGAUCAUCGUGUAUUCUCAAACAAGAGCAACAAGAUAAACGUAAAAAGAAACAUUAA